GGGCGGGGUCAAGAAGUGAAAUCCUUGUUCUGCUGAGUAAAGGAUCACAGGAUCAUAGUAUGAGCGCCUCUGGUUCAAUUGGAGACAAAUAUGUCACAGAAUUGAAGGAACUCUUUCGUGCUAGAGGUGUCCAGCUGUAUAAUGGUGAACACAGUCUGUCACUAACUUCAGCUUGUCUACAUUACAUAGAAAAGAAACUUCAAUCAUUACUAGAUGAUUCCAAGACUACCAGCAGAAGCCAAAAGUUAACUGACCUACAGUAUCUUCAUGAUUGUCUGGCUAAAGUCCAUUCAUUAAAGCUUAUUUCUGAUCGGAAGCACACAGUAGCUCCAUCACUUGUUGAUAUUGAUAUCUCUGUGUUCAGAUCAGCUCAGUGUUUAGUUUUGAGAAGGAUCCCUCUCUAUUCUCUCAAUAAUCUCCAGAAACUGAGACAGCAGCUAAGAGUACUCGUCAUUCAAAGAUCUAACUUGAGUACUCUUGAGGAGUUAUUAAUAAAAUGUGGUAGAGAUAACGCCAGAGCCUUUGCCUGGACUUCACUGAGGGAAUUGGAUUUAUCAUUUAACUACAUAAAACUGCUAGGGGAGUCACUGCAAUAUUUGCCUGAAGUUGAGUCAUUAAAUGUUAGCAGUAACCACAUUGGAGGGAGCGGCUGUGAAUCAAGCUGUGGUAGUAUUAACAGCAGCAACUCUGACAGACAAAAUGGACUGGAAGCAUUAACUGGUGUACAGUACAUUGAUAAAGCCAAGACACUUCACUUAGGAUUCAACCAGUUGACUUGUGUCCCUGAAUUUGGUGAUAGGGCAAAAUACAACUUAACUAAACUAAUUCUAAGAAAUAACCUGCUCAAAGACAUCAUUGGUUUGGAGGUUCUAGAUAGUCUUGUGGAGCUUGACAUUUGCGAGAAUCUCAUUAGUAAAAUGGAAGGACUUAAACCUUUACUGAACCUUCAUCACCUCAGUGUGUUGUCAGUGAUGGGUAAUCCAGUUUCUUAUGAUCCAAAGUAUCGGCUGAAACUGAUGUCUUGUUUAUCGAACCUUGUCUCACCUACUGCAUUUGAACUGGAUGGUAAGAAACUUUCUACAGUUGAAAGAAAGGCAAUAUCAAGAUCAACGACUCGCUAUUCUCCUCCCUCCACUCCAAUCAUCACUCCGUCCUCAUCUCCAGCAGCCUCUCAUUUUGAAGGACUCCCUAGGCCCACGGCACCCACUCCUGUCUCCUUCUCACCCAUCGCCAUAGUAACCAGUAAAACAAGCUCCACCUCCAGACAGGAGGAGUCAGUCACUGAAGGAGUGAGGCUGCAGAGCCUGACCUCAACGUCUCCUAAAUAUCCAUCAACGUCUCCUAAGUAUUCUCAAAGAAGAAAAUCCAGCCUCAAGAAGAAGCCAAGGAUUGUAGUUCUGAACGAUGAUGACACCAUUGUUGAUUCAUCUCUAUCGGCCAGUCAGACAUCUUCCAUUGUCCCAUUAUUGAGUACUGAACGUAUGAACAAACACAACAACCUGAGGACACAACUUAAAGACAAUUGGUUAAGUACAGCUGAGAGCUUCUCCACUUCAGUGGGUGGAGCUAAAAGCGAAGAUGAAGACACACCCUCUCCACUGUCACCACCUGGUCCUAAUGAAACUGGAGCUCAUCCUCAUUCCCAUUCCACAAGUGGACUCAGUCCCAUACCACCUCCAGUUCAAACUACCCCAUCACCAACUUAUGCUGUUCAUUAUAAAGAAACUGAUGGUCCCCUAACCAAUGGAGUGAGGGCUGCUACUCAACAAGACAGCACUGUCUUUAAAAUGGAGGAAGAAGAGGAACGCUUAUCGGAAUCACCAAUUGAAACAGGACCAAUCCCACAGGUGACUGGUAGUAUAUUUGAUGUGUCACUGCUGGAGAGCGACACUGAUGAAGAGAAGCCAUCAAAUAGUGACAAUGGAAGCACUUGGAUAUCAAUAUCUGACAGAUUCUUCCAAGAGAUUAACAUAUCGACACACACUGUUCAAGAUCAACUUGAUUUACAGUGUCUUAAAUCAGCUUCAGUUGAAAAGAAAAGAAUAAGAGGACAAGACAAGUCAGUGUUACUCCUCCAGUUUGCUUACGACAGGAGGGACAGAAGGAAAAGGGAAUACAUAUUGAAUGAUGACUCAUCAGAACAGAAUAUAAUGGAACAGCUCCAACCCAUUGUUGAAGCAAACACCUCAACCGUAUCCAUAGCAACAAAACUUGAAUGUUUCAAGUGUCAGGUUGUUUUUGAUUGGUCGGAGGCUCUUGAUGCUCCCCAGGACUCUCCAGCUGCUGUGUCAGCAGGAUUCUUCUCAACGUCUUUUGACCUGAACAAGAGACAGUUUGGUAAAAUAUGUCCAAAGUGUGCCGGGUUCUUAAUUCAAAUUAAUGACAGUGGAGCCAGCACUGGAUCCCUCCCUAGGAAACCUUUUCUGAGUAACCAAUCACCACUCGUUAAUGAGAGGAGUAAUGGUGACGCUAGUAUUCAAGAGAAUACUAAUAAUUUACUGAGCCCCGGUCAUAUUGAUGUAUCACAGUUUGCAAGCUAUCCUGAGCCAGCUCAUAACUCGCACGAAUAUUCAGAUUAUAGAGUUUCCUCUCGGCCUCCUAGGCUCAGUCCCAUUCCACCGAGCCCAUUCCCAGACAUGAGUCCUUUCCAAACACCACAGAAACCGCCAUCAGCCACACCUCUUUUAGUUAAAAGGGACGGGGCCUUGAUAGUGGAGGAUGAAGAGGAAGAACACGGACUGAGCCUGUCUUUUGGUGAAGCCUCAGAAAGUGUGUCUCCAUUAUCAUUUGGAGAAAAGAAUAAAGAAUCAACUGGAGCUACUUCUAAGCUGAAUACUUCCACUAAUCCUUUUGAUGAUGAUCUUCCUUCAAUCUCUCCUCUCUCCUCUCUGAGCUCAGGCCCAAGAACUAGUAAUACCAGUACAAACCCGUUUGACAACCUGCCCGAUUUAGAAUCCGAUUCCCAUUCCAGCAAGACUGGUUCCCGUCCUAGAGCAGAACAGGAAUCAGUUUCUGAAAGGGUUGACCGGUCCCCGGUCAGUAAACCGGUUCCGGUAACCAGUAAAACCAGUCAAUCUGGGGAUUACUUGAUGGCUAGGAGCGUCCCUAAUGAAGGUGGUGGCAAACUAAAGAACUAUAUACCAUCCUUUAUAAAGGGGAAGAAGGAAGACCCUGUUGAUAAGAAAGGAAAAUCACACGCAAGAUCCCAAAGUCAGGAUUAUAAAGUCCCUCCUCUUCCUGAGGCCAUGAAGGAGCGAUCUUUAGAGAAAUUAAUAGGAGGAGGAGUAGGGGGUGGGGCUUCAAAGAGGAGCGAUAAGACAACUGGAGGUUCCUCAAAAGCUGAUACUGAUCAUCAAGCUUCAGGUGGAGAGAAGAAGUCUUCUGGUAGUGGGAGUGGCAAUAGAAAACCAGGUGGCCUGUUUUCUGUUACGUCUAAGAAGAAACAAAGCUCUUCUCGUAAAACUCACCAUCACAGCUCAUCCGAGACUGAAGAGACCAAAGCUGCCCACUCUCCUGUAUGCCCUUAUAAGGAAGACGAUCCGACUUACAUUCACAAUAGCUUUCAAGUUCAUUUCAAUUUAGAAGUUUUUGAUAAUGAGAGAAAAGAAAAGUUUGAACUAGCGGCAAAAAUGCCGAUAGUGGAGUAUGGCAGCUGGAGUGAAGUGGAAACUGAGUCCUUCGUUAUUAUAUCAUCAAUCAGAGCUUACCUGUACAGAGUCACUGCUCCAGAGAGUUUGGAGCCUGACAGUUGGCUUGAGCUAACUAAAGAAUUAAAAUUGAAGAAUUUGGUUUACAUAAUAAUAGGCGUUGGAUACCAGUCUCUGAGAUUAGAGUUUGAUGAUCCUCCGCAGUGUUACACGUUUUUGAUAAGAAACGAAGAAAAAUGCAGAAAAAUGUUUGACAAAUUAUCUUAUGUUGUGUCUGAUAUCUCAAGGUCAAAGUUCAAAGGAGUCAAAGUUGGUCAACUAUCUCUUGUUAGUAUCAAAGAACCACAGAAAUACUUGAAGAAUGUACUAUCAUCGAAUUAUGAUUCCAGUAUCAGUGAUUCUGUUGACAAGAGAUCAGAGAAUGAUGACGAAACUGAAGAACAAGUCAAGAUAUUUCUACUUGUUCAUAAAUAUACUCCUCAAAAUGAUCCAGUUCUGGUACCAGUUACUUUGGUACUAACUAAUCUUUAUUUAUACUUGGCACUGGACAAUCCCCAGUGGCCACUCCCUAAGCUCCACCCACUGCCUGAUAAGAAUGACUUACUACCGCCAUACAGUGGAGUAAUGCAGAAACAGAUUACUGAUGUAGAAAAACUGGUACUUUAUGAUGAUCAGGUUUGCCAGUUCACUCUGCAAUUCUUUAACGAGAGUCAGCAGGGGCCGUCGGUUAGUUGGACUAUUGUCUCAAAAACUGGAAAGUCGGUUCAAAAAUUUGUACAAAUGUUAGAGAAAUUAUGGAUGGAGGAAUUUCAACUAACAUUGAAUAAAGAAUUUAGAUAAAUAAUUAUAUAAUGAUGACAAAUCAACAAUCUCUUCUCUAUAAUUAGUUAAUAAUAAUUUUGAUGGUGUGUGUGUGUGUGUAUAUAUAUGAUCGCUAUAUAUCUAUUUAUAAGUUAUGAUUCGUUACUAUAUAUAGAACAAGAAA